AUGUUCAAUCCUUGUUUACAGGAAACAUCAGCUUUUGCACUUUCAUCUGGAGUGACAGUUUGGAAUGCAGUUAUUUUCGAGAUAGUGAUGACCUUUGGACUGGUUUACACAGUUUAUGCCACUGCAGUGGAUACAAAGAAGGUUAACUUGGGGAUCAUUGACCCCAUUGCCAUUGGCUUCAUUGUAGGUGCUAACAUCUUAGCCGGUGGUGCCUUCGAUGGUGCAUCCAUGAACCCGGCUGUGUCUUUCGGCCAUGCUGUGGUCAGCUGGACAUGGGACAGCCACUGGGUCAACUGGCUCGGCCCCUUUGUCAGUGCUGGAAUUACUGCUCUGGUAUAUGAAAUCUUGUUCACUGACCAAAGCCACGAACAAUUCCCUACCAGUGCAGAAUACUAA